GGAUGGAUUUUUCAUAGAUACUACUUACCAGAUGAGGUGGACCCACAGGAUUAUUUCUCCUUGAGGUCCCACCUGAGCAGGUAGAGGACGGCGGGAAGAGACUGAUUAGAGAACUUGGAGGGGCAGCGGCCGUGGGCCUCUCAAUCAUUCUUCACUUCCUUUUUUUUAAAGACGACUUGGCACAGUCCACCACAUCCGCGCCAGGAGUUGCGACGCCUCCUGGGUGGUGUCCGCUUGUGAUUGCCCAGCUUGCGCCCCGCACAUUUGUGGCUUCCGUGGACAUAUUAGCAACUGAUGGUUUUAGUUCCCAGUUACACAGCUUUGCCAAGGCGGUUAGAGGUCAUCUGGAAAAUCUUUUACCCCAAAUCGCUCCAAUUCAGAAGGCCAGCGGGAUUGUCCUGCAGUGCUCUGGUAAUUCGCGCCCUCCUCUGGUCCCGGUCCAGGUGCACGAGAAGCGCUAACGGAGGACGCAGGUGCCCCGGAGACGGGGGAUGGUGAAGGUGCCCGGGUGGUGAACCCAAAGAUUGACCCUGCAGACCAAGCGCAAAGUAGAAACUGAAAGUACGCUGCUGGCUGAUCCUACGGAAGUUAUGGAAAAGGCAAAGCGCCGAGCCGGGCCGUGGAAUGUGCCGCCCCCCUUGGGAUGGAUGAAACAGCAGGCGCGGCGUGGGUGAGAGGAACCAGCCGCAGAGACCGCCCUGCACGGCACGGACUCCCGGCAGCUCCGCGGAAGAUCAGGGUCCUGGGAGUGACUAUGGGCGGCGAGAGCUUGCUCCUGCUGCAGUUGCGGUCAUCAUGACUACGCCCGCCUCCCGCAGACCAUGUUCCAUGUUUCUUUUAGGUAUAUCUUUGGAAUUCCUCCCCUGAUCCUUGUUCUGUUGCCAGUAGCAUCUUCUGACUGUGAUAUUGAAGGUAAAGAAGGCAAAGAAUAUGAGCAUGUUCUAUUGGUCAGCAUCAAUAAAUUGGAAGGUAUGUUUCUAUUUCGUGCUGCUCGCAAGUUGAAGCAAUUUCUUAAAACGAAUAACAGUGAGGAGGAUUUCAAUCUCCACUUAUCAAUAGUAUCACAAGGCAUCUUAAAACUGUUGAACUGCACCAACAAGGAUAAAGGACGAAAACCACCUUCCCUAGGUGAAGCCCAACCAACAAAGAAUUUGGAAGAGAAUAAAUUUUUAAAGGAUCAGAAAAAACAGAAUGACCGGUGUUUCUUAAGAAGACUGCUACAAAAGAUAAAAACUUGUUGGAAUAAAAUAUUGAGGGGUGCUAAAUAACACUGAAAAAUAUGAAGUGGCAAUAUAGAAACAUAUGAACUUUAUUUGCAUUCUCCAAGAAUCUAUCACUUUUGCAAUUUUUCGGAGUAGAAUGCCUCUGUAAGUUACUGUAUGCCUCCUGGUAAAAAUGGAUUUGAUCCAUAUUGUAGUACUAGAAAAUGGACAUUAACAAUGGAAAUUUACUGCUACAGUCAACAAACUAUUUUGUAUGUAUGUGAAUGUGUAUCAAUUGGUAUUAAUUCUGUGCUAUUUGUAAGACAGUCUACAUCAGGUACCAGUUGCAAUAAUACUUUUUAAACCGAUUUAAAUAUUUCAGGAGAAGACAUAAAUCUAUGAAGUAUGUAAAGGUUAUAAGGAUUCAAAAUUAACAUUACUUUGUUAUCAAAAUAAUUUUAUGGCUGUACAUCAGCAUACUGUAUCAAAAGUGGAAAUUGUCAUCUUCGGUGUUGAAGAUAUUUUAGGGUUAAGAGUAACAUAUGAAGAAUGCCUGCGAGAACAAGAGUCAUAUUCCUUAAAGAAGCAACAGCAUAAAAAGAUACUUGAGAUAUCAAGAGAUGUAAUUAAACAUAAAGAUAUAACAUAGUGCCUUCAAUAAAUGGUAUAAUAAAUGUUUUAAAAUAAAAAUAAAGAGCAAUUUCAAAAAAAUAGAAAUUCACCUAGUCUACAGAUGCUAAACUUUAGUAUGAAGUUACUUUUUUCAUUUAUGUAUAAUAAAACUUGUCUAAAUGAGUUUGCAAUUUGGGAAGUGUAUGUUUAAGAGAAUAAUAUAUGUUGUCUUUUUAAUUAAUGGAAUGUAUAUAUUUAAUUUUGACAUAGUAUCUGUAUAUAAAAAUAUUUUCAUAUGGUAUUAUAAACAAAUUGCUUACUUUGAAUAACAUUUCUCCUUUGAUAAUAAAUAUAUCAGCCUAUGAA